AUGAACUUGUUCUCUAAGCUCUUUACUGUCCAGCUUGAGGAGUCUCAGAAGUCAGAAGCCCACUACUAUCCAAUUCCACCGAUCAAGAGUGCAUUCAACACGUCACGUGAGCUGCUCUACGAGUCAUUCAUCCCAGUGGAUGCAAUCGUCUUCUACAUUGGCACAUAUCAUGCCAGUGAAGGCGAACUUGCUAAAAUUACCAAAAAUGUUCUAGAAGCAAAGAAACUCAUUUUGGAAGACUCCAAAAACAUCGAUGAAUUCAGGUUGUUUGAUCCAAAUGUGCCUGGUGCCAUUGGAAAGCUGCAGAAGUUCCGAAGUGACCUGAUCAAGAAGGAUGAGAGUGGAAUACUUCGAGAUCUGAUUAUGAAGAAGCAGAGUGACCUGGAUCAGAGACGAAAAGAUGGUACAAAAUUGGUUGAUGAUCAGGAAAGAGACAAAAUGUACAAAGAGAUGCUCCAUCGCCUCAGGUUGGCCGUGAUCAACGGAUCAAAUAUUGUGAAGAAGAUUGAGGAUGAGAAGAAUGCGCUCUACAGGGACUACAUUGAUGUUCCAGCAGUAGAGAAGUACAAACUGCUGAUUGAGCUAUCACUUGGUGGAUUUGUUGUUCGUCUUCAGGCGCUGUACACGGAAAUCAGGCGAAUUGAGAUACCAAAGAAGGAAGCAGCAGUCAGAAAAUGGAUCAAUGAGUUCAUGGCCAUUGUUGAGGAUCUUGAGCUGAGAACACGAACUAAGACGCUGAUGGAGCAGAAGACGAUCAUUCGCGAGUUUCUGCUUGGGUGUCUCUACCGAAAGAAUACGAAAUUCGACAAAAUAUUUGAAAUGAGAAGUGAGAUCAUGGACUUGGCUUUGACUGAUUUCAACGAGUACAUUGCUGAGAAUAUCAAGCAGGAGGAAGAAAUACGCAACAUGAUCACGGUGGUAGAGAACAUCAGGAGCGGACGAAUUGAUAUCAAACACAACAAGGACAUUACGGAUAAAUACGUGAAGUAUCUGCUGAAUGGAGACGACAGUGACAAGGAAGUGUUGUUGAAGGAGUUUGAUGGAUACAAGGAGGAGUUAUAG